UGCCGACGAUGCCGACCAUGUUAUAACCAUGUGGAGUCAUCCCCGAGUAGCUUUCUGUGUUCUCUGUGCUUCCCAGAAGCGGUUCCCCGUGAAACUUGUUCAGAGGCUCUCUGCAACUGUUUCUAGCAGUCCACUUCCUAAAGAUGUUUCGGGUGAGUUCCCAAGGGUGUACAACUCGGAAGAUGUGGAGUCUGGCUGGUUCGAUUGGUGGGAGGCUAGUGGCAUUCAUGCCCCAUGCAAAGAUGCGAAGGAAGAAGGCACAUUCAGUAUGGUGUUGCCCCCACCAAACAUCACUGGUGAUUUGCAUCUUGGCCAUGCGUUGACUGUCACCAUACAAGACACACUGGUGCGCUGGCAUCGCAUGUGCGGCAAGCGAGUGGUGUGGGUGCCCGGAUGCGACCAUGCGGGGAUCGCCACCCAGAUAGUGGUGGAAAAGAAGAUCUGGGCUGACCAGGGGAUCACACGGCAGCAACUGGGACGUCAGCCAUUCUUAGAGGCAGCUCACGCAUGGAAGAAGCAGAAAGAGGCCAACAUUCUUGGCCAGCUGAAGAGGCUUGGUGCAUCCCUUGAUUACUCACGCCACAUGUUUACUAUGGAUGAGCCGAUGAGUGAAGCAGUCACAACAGCGUUUGUGCGGCUCUUCGAUGCGGGUCUUAUCUACCGGGAAAAGAAGAUGGUGAACUGGUGCUACUGGCUACAUUCGGCCAUCUCGGACAGUGAGGUCAAGCAUGUCGCCAUAUCCCCUGGCGAAAUUCUAAAGGUGCCCGGAUCAGACACUGGAGUUGAAGUUGGCUUCCUCGAAAGAGUUGCCUUUCCUAUUGACAACACUGAAAUCGAGGUUGCAACAACGCGAUUGGAGACAAUGCUUGCAGACACAGCUUUGGCCGUCCACCCUGAAGAUCCACGUUAUGCUCACUUCAUCGGUCGCCGAGCAAGGCACCCAAUAACUGGCCGAGAGCUGCCUGUUGUGGCCGACAGCCAAGUAGACAGAAGUUUUGGAACAGGAGCCAUGAAAGUGACACCUGGCUACAGCAAGGUGGACUAUGCGCUCUCCAAGAAGCACUCCCUGCCUAUCGUGGAGUGCUUUGAUGAUGAGGGUAGAGUCAUUGAAGAUUACGACAUGUUUAGUGGCCUGUCUCGGUUUGAAGUGCAAGAUGCCAUCCGCGAACGACUGCAGCAGAUAGGGGCACAUCGCAGUCGCCUGCCGCACGCGACCACAGUGCCUGUCUGCAGCCGCUCGGGCGACCUGCUCGACUUCCGACUCAAGCCACAGUUCUUCCUCAAAUUUGAACGGCUGGCACAGGAGGCACUGCAGGCAGUAGAGAGUGGAGAGCUGGUGUUUGAGCCUGACCACUGCCGGAAAGCCUGGGUGGAGUGGCUCACAAGAACAGAGGACUGGUGCAUCUCUCGUCAACUGUGGUGGGGCCACCAGAUUCCAGCCUAUAGAGUGCUCAAUGCUGAUAGCGAGGACGUGUGGGUGAGCGCGGCGACCGCACAGGAGGCAGCCGCCAAAGCAGCUGUAAAGCUGGGAGUUGAGCGGGAGGAUGUGUUGCACCUGCGACAAGAUGAAGAUGUCCUGGAUACGUGGUUUUCUUCGGCUCUUUUCCCGUUCUCAGUGUUUGGCUGGCCACAUAACACUCGAUCUCUGCGCAAUUUCUACCCGCUGUCCCUGAUGGAGACCGGACAAGACAUCCUGUUCUUCUGGGUGGCACGCAUGGUCAUGCUUGGCAAAGAACUCACUGGACAGCUGCCCUUUACUAAGGUGCUGCUGCAUGGCAUGAUCCGGGACUCAGAAGGGCGUAAGAUGUCCAAAUCUCUUGGCAAUGUCCUUGAUCCACUAGACAUUAUCCAUGGAAAGUCUCUACAGGACAUGGAGGCAACAACUAAUGAGCUGCACCGGCAAGGCUACAUUGGUGAAGAGGAACUGCACAAGGCAUUAAAAAGCCAGCGGCAGGCAUUCCCCAAUGGCGUCACUAAGUGUGGCAGUGAUGCGCUCCGCCUGGCUCUGCUCUUGUACGACGUCACAGCAACCAACGUCAACUUUCAAAUGAAGGAUGCCGUCUACUGGCUUCACUUCUGCAACAAGUUCUGGCAAGCGACGCGUUUCUUCCUGUCGGCAGCUGAGAAGCUUGGCAACUCUCCACAGUUUAUUCCCCUGUCUCAGAUGCAGUCUCAACUGAGCGUGACGGAUCGUUGGCUCCUGAGCUGCCUUUCACGUUUCGUCGGCACCUGUAAUGACUCUCUGUCUACCGGGACACUGCAUCACUUCGCUGCUGCCAUCCAGACCUUUGUUGUUCAGCAGCUCUGCGAUGUGUAUCUGGAGAGCAUGAAGGCAGCAGUUUGGGAGAGCCGCACUGCAGAAUUGGCCCGGACGUGCAGUGUCCUCUGGGUGGCGCUGGGCACCACACUGCGCCUCAUGGCCCCUGCGGCGCCGUUCCUCUGCGAAGAAGUCCACCAGCGCCUCUCUACACUCUUUGACCAGGGAGCUCCCUUUCCCAGCAUCUGCAUGGCUCCUUACCCCACAAGUGAACAGUGGUGUUCGUGGAGGGCCGAAGAUUUGGAGCGUAGCAUGCAACGAGCCCUGUCCAUUGUUUCAUCACUACGCAGUGCCAGGCUGACGUGCGGGCUGAAACAGCCGAGAGCAUUUGUGAAGAUGGAGGAUGAAAAUGCUGACUUUGUGCGUCAGCUAGCGCCAACUGUGUGCCACUUGGCAAAGCUGCAAGAACUCACGGUGUUGAGCUGCACCACUCUGUCAUGGGAGCCACCGAGUGAGGCCCACUGGACACAGGCCAUGGUGGACUCCAAUGCAGACAUCUACAUUGAGACUGACAGAGAAGCAGUUCAAGUGGCGGCGCAGCAGCGCCUCAAGCAGCUCCUCAACAAGCUUAACUCCUUAGAGCAGCGCCAGUCGCACUCGAGAUACAGGUUCCAGAACUCUGCUGCAGAGCAGGCCCGACACAACGAGAAGAUUGCCGACAUGAAGAAAGAAAUCGAAAGGCUGCAGGAACUUUAACGUUGCACAGACACAGUUGUCCUGCUGAGUGUUCACGAAGCCCAAAGAUGGCAAGGCAUAAGGAUGACAAUCCUUACGGAUAAAUAUGAUCCCGGUGUUUAGUUCACCUAAGCGGUUCUCUAUGAACAUAAGUGCUCCUUUGUCUUUUUUUUUUUUAACAACCCUGUGAUCUCAUAAGGUGGCUGUUUAAAUAAGGUCAGUUUUCUCCAAAGGGGGGGACCAAGUUCUGGAAGGAGUGUUCAACAUAAUAUUGUGUGUGUAUCGUGAUGGUGAUGAACAAAGUUGGCAAAUUUGACGGUUAUAAUUA